AUUUUUUUUCCAUCACCACCUCCGAACUAAAGAAACCAACCAUGGCUUCUUCCACACUAACACUAACCCUAAUUCUAUUAGUCUUAACUAUAUCAACCCUACUAGCUGAGUCAGCAUCCUACACUCCCGCUCCGUCCACCAAGAAACUCAUGAACCCGAUAGACUCUUGCUGGAGGUCCAAACCCAAUUGGGCCGCAAAUCGCCAAGCCCUGGCGGACUGCGCGGUUGGGUUCGGCAAAAACGCAAUCGGAGGAAAAUACGGGGCCAUCUACGUGGUAACGGAUCCAUCCGACGACGCGGCAAACCCUAAACCGGGUACACUCCGAUACGGGGUGAUCCAAUCGAAACCACUAUGGAUCACCUUUGCGAGAAGCAUGGUUAUUAGGCUCAAGAACGAGCUCAUGAUCAAUAGUUACAAGACCAUAGACGGGAGAGGGGCGAAAGUGGAAAUUGCUUACGGGCCGUGCAUUACGAUUGCACAUGUUAGUCAUGUGAUUAUACAUGGGAUUAGUGUCCAUGACUGCAAGCCCGGAUACUCGGGUGUUGUUCGGGAUAGCCCGACCCAUGCGGGCCAUAGGAGGGGGUCCGAUGGAGAUGGUAUCGACGUGUUUGCUUCGACGGAUGUGUGGAUUGAUCAUUGUUUUCUUUCCAAUUGCUACGAUGGGCUUAUUGAUGUUAUUCAUGCCUCGACCGGGAUUACUAUCUCGAAUAACUUCUUUACCAACCAUGAUAAAGUGAUGUUGUUCGGGCACGACGAUAGCAAUGUUGAAGACAGGGUUAUGAAAGUGACUGUGGUUUUCAACCAUUUUGGGCCUGGUUUAGUUCAAAGAAUGCCGAGGGUGAGGCUAGGUUAUGCACACGUGGCAAACAAUAGGUACAGUCAGUGGGAGAUGUACGCGAUUGGUGGAAGUGCUAAUCCGACCAUCUUUAGUGAAGGGAACUACUUCAUGGCUCCAAAUCGUGCUGAAAUUAAACAAGUUACAAAGAGAGAGGUGAAGAAUGGAUGGCAGAACUGGAAAUGGAGAACAUCUAGAGAUAGAUUCAUGAAUGGGGCCUACUUUGUAACUUCCGGCUACGGAACCACCGCCACAGGGUACACCAAAACGCAGUCGUUUCAAGUGGCUGAUGGAUCUAUGGUUCCAGCUCUCACAUCUGAUGCUGGCCCUCUAACGUGCGCCGGCAAUGGAUCUUGUUGAUUCAUUUUUCUGUAUAUAUAUUUUUAGUCAU